UCUGGGCCUCCGUGCACGUCUGUCCCUCCUCCGGCCGUCAUUCUCUUUGUCCACCCAGACUUCUUAUGCAUGGGCCGAGGUGACAGGUCCAGAGCCAUUCUAGCUAGAAGCACUUUCCGGCAUCUGAACCUCUCUCGGCUGCAUCCAACCACACGGAGAGCUUCGCCAAAGAGGGGCCUCCUGUGUCCUGUCACCUGCUGGCUCACCGCACCUGGAACCUGGCCCAGCCACCAUGGCCCAUUACAAGGUGGAGCAGGACGACUGGCUGACCGCCUACUUGAAGUAUUUGCUCUUCGUCUUUAACUUCUUCUUCUGGGUGGGGGGCGCUGCGGUCAUGGCUGUGGGCAUCUGGACCCUGGUGGAGAAGAGCGGCUACCUUGGCGUCCUGGCCUCUAGCACCUUCGCCACGUCUGCCUACAUCCUCAUCUUCGCGGGUGCCCUCGUCAUGGUGACCGGCUUCCUGGGCUUCGGUGCCGUUGUCCGCGAGGACAGGAGCUGCCUCUCCACGUACUUCUGCCUGUUGCUGGUGAUCUUCCUCGUUGAGCUGGUGGCGGGGGUCCUGGCCCACGUGUACUACCAGAGGCUGAGCGAUGAGCUGAAGCAGCACUUGACCCGGACCCUGGCCGAGAACUACAGGCAGCCCGGCGCCGCAGAGAUCACAGCCUCCGUAGACCGUCUACAGCAGGAUUUCAAGUGCUGCGGGAGCAACAGCUCGGCCGACUGGCAGCACAGCACAUACAUCCUGUCUCCGGAGGCCGAGGGCCGCCAGGUGCCCGACAGCUGCUGCAAGACGGUGGUGGAACGCUGCGGCCAGCGGGCGCACCCCUCCAAUAUCUACAAGGUGGAGGGAGGCUGUAUCGCCAAGCUGGAGCAGUUCCUGGCCGACCACCUGCUGCUCAUGGGGGCGGUGGGCAUCGGGGUGGCCUGCCUGCAGAUCUGCGGGAUGAUUCUCACCUGCUGUUUGCACCGGAGGCUCCAGCUGCAUUUUUACUAACGGCCGACCGCGUCCCCGUCCGACAGCCCCUCACAAACCCCAUUGGCCAGGCCUGCGGGGUUAGCACAGCUGGCCUAGAAACUCCUGGAAACAACCCCUGCUCUGUGCCCAGCCCCUUGGGACCCACACGUGCCUGAGACCGUGGCUCCUGCCGCCCCCACGCGGGUGAGGGACCUCAGCCCCCUCCUUGCAUUCUGUGUGCUCACCACGGGACCCCCAGGCCGGGGACGGAUCCUUCUGGGAGACCACAGCCAGGCGUGGGUUCCCAUGGACCACAGGAGGCCGGGCUCAGGCUCUGCUCCCUCCCGGCUCCUGAACCCUGAGCCAGGGCUGGAAACCUUGACCUCAUUGGGAUGCCAGCACUGGGCCUGUGACCCCCCCCACCUGCGCUGAGCAUCCCUCCUCGUGCCUCUGCUGGGUGUGCUUUUCUCCCCCACCCCUCAUCACCCCAGGAAAUGCAUCAGGUGGGCAGUUAGUGUUGGCUCUGCCCUCAGAAGACCUAGUCCUUUGCCACUCCCACACCUUCUCGCCUGGAAAGGAGUGUCCGGUGGCCUGGUUCCUUCCUGCAAGGCCAGGAUUGGGUGAGAUGGAGUCACCAGGGUGUGGAGCAGGUGCCCGCCUCAGGACCCCCCUGGGAGAGGCGCCCUGGAGACCAUGGCCCCAUGCCCCCAUCUCCAGCCAUAUACCCCUCGGGGGUCUCCUGUCUAUGGCUUGAUUCUCAGGAAGCCCAGGUUUCUAAAACUAUCUUCAGCGCUUAAUGUUGGUGGGAGUAAAAUCCUUCCUGAUUAAACCAAAUCACAGACCCUGCAAAGCUGGAACCACUGAGAAUGGGCAGCUCUGAGCAGAGGGGUGCUCUGCCCUGAGCCGCCUUUCCCUGGGCCCACACUCCUGGACCACCAGGCCGCCACCACACGGCUGCAAGGGCCCCGCUCUGCUUCCCAGAGCGAAUACAGCCCCUUCCUCAGCUGUGCCCUUGAAUCUCUGAAUCAGGGGAAUUUUCAGGAAAAACUUUCCCAAAUAUGGAGGGAGAACAGAAAGAAAAUCCUAGGAAAUACAGAGCACGGAUGCCGGAAGUUUUCCGAAGACCACGUAGCAACUCGUAAGACGCCCAUAGGCCCCCCCCACCAUGUGGCCGUUACAAGUGGGCAGAGACCCCCAAGCCAGACCCGUCUCCCGGGCCCUGGAUUCCCCUCCCCUUACUUCCCAGCCGCGUGAUGCUGAGGCCAAGGCCGGGAAAGGUCACAUCUCGCCUCCCCAGUCUCUCACAGGCCAGGGUCAGUGCCGGGGGAAGGGUGUUUUCUUUCUCAUUCAAGGGUCACUGUGCUAAACCGCACACCCCCCAGACAGGGGUUACCUACACGCGCAGAGGGCAGACCAGCCUCCCUGGGGUGGAUUGCCUCCUGCCCAGGGGUCACCGAUGCCAGUUCAUUCAAGGGGAGACCAGAUUUCCAGCAACCCCAGAAUGCACCAAAGCUUAAAAACAUGGUGCUGUGAUGAUCUUUGCUGCCUUCCAACUUCCUGGGGUUUGUGCAGAUGAUCAGAAAUGACCAUGACUCCCAAGUUCACAGGGCCAGACGCCAGGCUGACGUCUUACCGAGUGAGGGCGGAAAAGGAGAGAGGGUGUUCUUUCCGCCAAGGGGCCGAGGGAGGUGCUGGCCUGCUGUGCAUCUGCCCUGCGUCGGGGUCCCUGCUUCCUUUAUCGAGGUCAGCCGGGUGGGCUUGUGGAGGUGGCAGCAGGGGUGGCGCGCGGCUAUCACCUGCACAGCCGUGUCCCGGGGGAGGCCCAGGAGAGCCUGAUUUGUCUGCCCCGGCCCCCACCCCCACGAGGGGAGGCCGGCCUGGCCGGGGCAGGAUUAGCUGUGAUUCUGCCCUGGGCCCCAUCCCGCCCAGAGGGUGGAAGGCCACGCUGCAGAGAGGGAGAGAACGGCCCAGAGCUCUCUGGAACUGUGACCUCCCUGUUCGUGCCAGUAGCCUGGGAGAUGAGACAGGGUUAGAGGAAACGGAGGCCCAGGAUACAGCAGGUUCCCAAGGGGCACACAAAGGACUGGGGUCUGGAGCCGGGGAGGCUCUCCCCCAGGGCUUGUCCAUCCUGCCUGCGAAGAUGCAGCUCUGCAUCCAGGACGGCCCCUCGUGUGUCCCUGCUCGGAGGUGUCACAGUCCCGAGCUCCUUGGAGAGAGAGCAGGACCCGGUGCUGAAAGGUCCUCAGUCCCCUGACACCGGAGUCCAGCUGAGAAGCCAGGGUUCUGCAGAAGUAUGGACACAGCAGGCGCCGGAGCCCACGCAGUGCCAGUCCUCACCCUGGACCAGGCUGCCCUGCCUCUCUUGGCUCACGGAGCCACCCGAGCAGAGCGGCACGUCCCCAGCUCCCCAGACAGCACGCUUGCGGAACAGAGGUGGAUCUCGGCUUUUGGUGGGCAACGACACCUUGUUUCAUGUGUUUGUGGCCAUUCUUCUCCCACCAGGAGCCCCUCGGGCACAGCCAUGCGGGGGUAUCCAGGGCCCACAGGACUGACAGCAACUGUAUGACAAGAGAGUGUGGGUCAUGGAAACACAUCAUCUUGUGGUGAUCGCAGUGGGAGAUGUUCUCACCCCCUCCCAUUCUACAGACGAGGAUCCGAGGCUCAGAGAAGUUAGGGGACUCGCUGGUCAACAGCAGUGGCUGCAGUUGCCUCCCCCUCCCCCACCAUGGAACCGCGGGAAGCUGGCUGGGACCCGCCGGGCCCCUCGGUGCUCUGUCACUAUAACAACACGCCAUCAAGCUGACCCUCCAGGUCUGGCCCCAGUGCCCUGCACGUCUGCUGUCGAGGGGCUCGGGCAGCAGGCGGAAGCCCAAGGACACCCCGUCUUUGGCCCCAGGUGCCAACACUGACACCACGGAGGGCAGGCCUGACCCAGCCGAUGGGAUCUCAAACAGGGCGUGGACUGUCAUGCCUGGUGGAGACCAACGGCUGGCGAUGGAGCAGGAAACCCUCUCCCUGCCCCCUGCUGGGGCUGUAUUCACAGAGCCGCUGUGGGAAGGAGGUGGCCAGGGUGGCAAUAUCACCACCUCCUGCCCACUGUCCCCCUGGACUGGCAACGCUGAGGCUCUGGAUGGGCAGCGUGUGACCUGCCUUGGGGACCUCGCAGCCCAGAGCUUCAUCGGGCCGCUUACCCUAUGCACAGCCAUAGGUCUAGGGCGCAACGCACCCCCGAGGAGGGGUGGGGUGAUGUACCCCAGGCCCCUCAUGCGCUACAGCCGGUUUCAGCCUUGGAAUCUGCCCCUGGGUCCAUCUUCGGGGUUUUGAGGUGGAGGAGGUGAAUUGAAACCAUUACUCCCGUCACCGCCCACCCCACUGUUGGCCUUGAAGACGUGCUCAACCUGCUUGCCUCCUGGGGCCUGGGGAGCACGGGGGCGGGGGUGGGGCUGGACGGGCUAAGGAGGGCGCCUGUUUUCGUGUCACUGCUGCGUGGCACCCACAUCCUCGGGGGAUGCUGGUGGCGGAGUUGUCCGAGCCGGAUUCUCAACCUCGAGCGUUCCUCAGGAUCCCCGAAGGGCUUCUUGACACAGCUGCUGGACCACCCCAGGCUUCUCCUCAGCAGGGGUGGGGCCCUGGAUCUGCGUCCUAACACGUUCCCAGGUGGCUCUGAUGCUGCUGGUCCAGGGACCACGCGUCGACAGUGGCUGCUCUAGAACAUGCCCCGAGGGAGGCCUUUGCCACCGCCUCUGUGUGUCACGGCCCCCAGGGUUCAGAAGCCCGUUGGGGUGUCAGGCCCGAGUCGCACUGGAUUCACCGGAAGGUAGGAUGAAGCACCUCACCUGCUGUGCACCUGCCAGGCCUGUGACCUUGGCAGGGAGACCAGGUGCCUGGGUCCUCUCCCUGGAAAGGACAAGCAACGCCCCAGCCCCGUCUUCCCACCACCGCCGCACGCCUCGGGAGACCCCCGCUCCAUCUUCACCCCCGUCUUCUGGUUCAGCACGACGCCCAGCCCGUGCUCCGCCCCCCUCCCCUCCUGCUCGUGCACCGGACACACCCCUGCACGUGCCGCUAAGAAUCAGUUCCGGGCAGCCCAGGGGCUGGAGGCCAGGCGGGCGCCUGGAACCAGCGGCCCGCGGGUGUGGGUCGUCACAGUAUUCUAGAAGCCGCGAAGUUGCUUUAAGCGCCUGCAUGUAGAGAAACUGCUCCAGAUGUGCACACUGCCCCUCCUAGCCUCCGCAUCGCGUGCGGGGGUGUGGGGUGCCCACGACAAGGAAGGAAUGGUACCCAGGCCUGCCUUCCUCACUGCUUCUCCUCCCCUGCAGGGAAGUCCCAGGCCGUCCAUUCCUCAGAGCCCCUGCUGCACGCCGAAGCGGUUACUAGUGAUGCGGAGGGGAGAGGGGCCUCGAUAGGAAACCCACGACCACAGUGGUCAGGGUCCUGCUCACCCCCGCCCGCCCUUAAGCGUCCUUAGCUGCGGCUGCGGGCGGGGCCGGGCUCAGACAGGGUGCCUGACUGCGCCUCUUCACGUUCUCUGCCUCAUCCAGGCAGUGUCCCCACACCUCUCACCCACGUGCCCGUCCUGCCGCGGCAUCACUGUGCUGGCUGCGGUGCACAGAGUGGGUGAGAGUCAGGACAAAGCGACCCAGCGGAGCUGAGACACACCCUCCCGCCGGGACCGGGACCCCGGGCCACCUCACUCCAGAGUGACAGCCUGGAGUUUCAGCCUGACACGCCAUUUUCUCCACCUGGACCAGCUCGUUUGUCCUUAUGCCCAAAUCCAGAGGGGGCCACUUUUUCGCCCUAAUGCGAAGUGACUUCUAUCCUAAUUCAGAGGAGCCGGGGGCCCCAGGUUGCCCCGUGCGAAGCUGGAAGGACAUAAAUGCUUCGUCUUUUAUGACAGAAAACACUCGUUCUACUUCAUUCACUCUCCUGUCUAGAAAAAUUGCUUGAGGUGGGGUGGGGCCCCUGAGGAGCACCUGGA